AUGGCCCGCUCCCUCGUUUUGACCGGUGCUGUGCUCCUGUCCACCGGCGCCCUCUUCACGGCCUUUGUGGCCGCCCCGCGCGCCGCGCCAGCCCCGACCGCGCCUCAUGCGACGACUGCAGCUCUCAGUGCCGUGACGCUUAUGGCCCCGCAAGCCGCUCACGCAGAGGGUGGCGCCGUGUGGAUCCCUGCGCUCUCCGCCAUCGGCGCUGGCUUCGCGAUCGGCCUCGCCGCUAUCGGCUCCGGCGUGGGACAGGGCAUUGCCAGCGGCCGUUGCAUUGAUGGCAUCUCCCGCCAGCCGGAGGUUGCGGAUGACCUCCGUGGUGUGCUGCUGCUGUCCCUUGCAUUCAUGGAGUCCCUGACCAUCUACGGUCUUGUGAUUGCCUUGGUGCUCCUCUUUGCAAACCCGCUCAUCAAGUGA